UACAGAUGGUGGCACGACUGUGAGACUUGUUCAAAUGAAUUGCAGAGAUACGACCUGCUUUCUUUGACUUGGUUCAAGCUUAUCACGUUGCGCCAAAUUUGGUGCAGUGAACCGUGAUCAUUGGUCGAUCAUGAGUGACUAUUUGUCGACCGGAGGUGUCCGUGCCCCGGAAAUCUUAGUAGACACCGGAAGAAGAACCAGCUCGACACCUGUCCCAAAGGACGAGCUUUUCCUGGAAGGCUAUGGCCGACAAUUUGGUGAGAAGAUGACUUACAGCAUUGGCUUGACCUACGGCGCCGGCCUGCUGACCGGUGGCUUCUAUGGCGGCCUGCUGGGCAUUAGACAAGGCGGUGCCACGCCCAAGCUCUUCUUGAACUCGGUGCUCAAUUCCUGUAGUCGCUACGGACCCGCGCUGGCCAAUCAGUCCGCCAUUAUCACCAUGUACUACGUGAUGUUCAAUGGCUUGAUCAGCACUUUGAGAUCUGAUGAUACCUUCAACUCUGCAUUGGCCGGAGCAUCAGCAGGAGCUCUCUACAAAGCAGCUUCCAGGUCCCUGGAGUCCAUCGGGAGAUAUUCCGUCGUUGGUUGCGGAUUCUUCACAGGAAUAGACUAUCUCAUGCGCACUGGGCGAUUUUGAUGAUUUACACGUCGGCAAACCGUAUCUGUCGGACGUCGGCAAAACGUCGGCGAAAUCGAGUCGGGCAGCAGCCCCCGUACAGUCAGCAACAAUGCUGUGCGCACUUGCGUUGUGGCCAAA